AUGGGCGACAAGAAUAGCCUAUGGAAUCCGGCUUUUAUGGCGUCCGAGCAGGGCAAGUCGGACCAGGGUCAGGGUCAGAAUCAGGGUCAGAAUCAGGGUCGGGGUCAGGGUCAGGGUCAGAAUCAGGAGCAAGGAUCCAGCCAGGGAAACAAUCGCUCUGGUAGUAUUGGGAUGUAUGGGGGCUCUCUCACUCCACAGCAGCAGCAGCAGCAGCAACAGCAGCAACAGCAUCAGCAGCAACAGCAACAGGCCCAUCAGUCACCACGCCAGUCAAUAUUUAGGAACCCGUGGCAGGAUAUGAGUGGGAUGUCUGAGUCUCAGGUGUCCCAAGCAAGGAAGCAAUCCAGUUUCCCGCUUCCAACUACGUACGAGGAAGAAAAUUCAGUUGAUGAGUCCUCGCAGCAGUUUAGAAGGAGGAAUUCUUCUUUGGUAAUACCACCGGCUCGUGCAGCCGGUCCGGAUCCCUUUUUAUAUGAAAAGCAGCCCGCGAUUAGCUACAACGAAUAUCAGAGAAGACAAUCGGUUGCGGUUACCGGCGGGGUGGUAACCAGUCAAUCUUCUCCGCAACAGGUGACCAAACCAUCCCAGUUCAGAAAACCAGGUGCUUCUUCGGCUGGUGUGGCUGUUGGGGUUUCUGGAUCUUCUGUAUAUCCAGCUACAGCUGGUGCAUUUUUAAUGACACAUGGAUCUGGCGGUGGUACUGGGUCGCUUCCAUCGUCUAGGCCACCAUCGCCGAUUAUCAUUGUUCCAAAAUUCAGCAGAGUUCAGUCGAGACAAGAUUUAAAUCCAAUUAUAAACUCGAUUCCAAAAUACAGACGUGCUUCGUUAAGCAGUAAAACCAUUUCACCGUUAAUGGCGCUAACAAAAUCGUUGACCACGACUUAUUCACUAUGUAACAGUGAUUUUGCAUACCAGACUUCCAAGAAUCCGAAAAGAGUGCUCACAAAGCCAAAUGAGGGCAAAUACAAUAAUGGACACGAUAACGUUAACAGUGAUUACAUUCUUUACGUGAAUGAUGUUCUUGGAGUAGAGCACAAUAGAAAAUACUUAGUGUUGGACCUAUUGGGUCAAGGUACCUUUGGCCAAGUGGUGAAGUGUCAGAAUCUAAUUACAAAAGAAAUUCUUGCUGUUAAAGUAGUGAAGUCGAAGUCAGAAUAUUUGAACCAAUCUGUAACAGAGGCCAAAGUCUUGGAAUUGUUGAACAGGCAGAUUGACCCGCAUAAUGAGCAUCAUUUCUUAAGACUGCAUGAUACAUUUGUCCACAAGAACCAUUUAUGUCUCGUUUUUGAGUUAUUGAGCAAUAACUUAUAUGAAUUGUUAAAGCUAAAUGAAUUCCAUGGUCUAAGCAUGACUUUAAUAAAAACCUUUGCAAAACAAUUAUUAGAUUCGUUAUGCGUUUUGAAAGAUAACAAGUUGAUCCAUUGCGAUUUGAAGCCGGAAAACAUUUUGUUAGUUAGCAACGACCGUCCAGACUUGAAAGUCAUUGACUUUGGAUCAGCAUGUGAGGAGACUCGGACCAUAUACACGUACAUCCAGUCGAGGUUUUAUAGGGCACCUGAGGUUCUCAUGGGGAUACCAUACUCUACAGGAAUAGACAUGUGGUCAUUUGGAUGUAUUAUAGCUGAACUUUUUCUUGGUAUCCCCAUAUUUCCUGGUAAUUCAGAAUUUGACCAGGUUACUAGAAUUGUAGAAUCGCUUGGGAUGCCUCCGGCGUGGAUGUGCGACAUGGGGAAGAACUCAAAGAAGUAUUUCCAUAAGAUGAACACAACCGUGCUGAAAAAGUUUAGGAUGAAAACGAUAGACGAGUACAAUUUAGAAUUUGCUGCUAAUGAGGAGCCGGGGAAACGGUAUGUGAAGCACAUAUUAUUUGACGAUAUAAUUCGGAAUGCCAGGAUUUCGAAAAGAAUCAGCGGGAACCCAGCGAUGGUGGAACGUGAGAUGAAGAACAGAGAGUGUUUGCUUCAUUUCUUGAAGGGAGUUUUGAACCUCAAUCCGCUCGAGCGCUGGACCCCACAACAGGCCAUUCUACAUCCGUUCAUAACUGAGGAGCCAUUCACUGGUGAAUGGUACCCACCGGGUGUUGUUCCCAAAAAAUCUCAAGGCGCACGCCAUCCGUCGCUGCAAUUUGAUUCUGUGCCACUAGACAAGCUACAACUAGGCGAUUGA